AUGCAAGUGUCAAUCGCGUGUACGGAGCAGAACCUUCGCAGUCGGAGCAGUGAGGACCGUCUGUGUGGACCCCGGCCGGGCCCCGGGGGCGGUAAUGGCGGGCCAACCGGAGGGGGGCACGGGAAUCCUCCAGGGGGUGGAGGGUCGGGCCCCAAGGCCCGAACGGCACUGGUCCCGCGCCCCCCAGCGCCUGCUGGGGCCCUCCGAGAGAGCACCGGCCGAAGCACUGGCAUGAAAUACAGGAACCUAGGAAAGUCGGGUCUCCGAGUGUCCUGUCUUGGCUUGGGUACCUGGGUCACAUUUGGUUCUCAGAUCUCAGAUGAGACAGCAGAGGAUGUACUGACAGUAGCCUAUGAGAAUGGUGUAAACCUGUUUGACACAGCUGAAGUAUAUGCAGCAGGAAAGGCUGAAAGAACUCUAGGCAACAUCCUCAAGAGCAAAGGUUGGAGGAGAUCAAGCUAUGUCAUCACCACCAAGAUUUUUUGGGGAGGACAGGCAGAAACUGAACGAGGAUUAAGCCGCAAACACAUCAUUGAAGGCUUAAGAGGAUCCCUGGAACGCCUCCAGCUGGGAUAUGUGGAUAUCGUCUUUGCCAACCGCUCAGAUCCCAACAGUCCCAUGGAGGAGAUUGUGAGAGCCAUGACCUAUGUCAUCAACCAGGGCCUGGCCUUAUACUGGGGGACAUCUCGAUGGGGUGCUGCAGAAAUUAUGGAAGCCUAUUCCAUGGCCAGACAGUUCAAUCUGAUUCCUCCUGUGUGUGAACAAGCAGAGCACCACCUGUUUCAGAGGGAGAAGGUAGAGAUGCUGAUACCUGAGCUCUACCACAAGAUUGGUGUUGGCUCAGUCACUUGGUCUCCCCUAGCCUGUGGACUCAUUACUAGCAAGUAUGAUGGACGCGUCCCAGAUACCUGCAGGCCCACCAUCAAGGGCUACCAGUGGCUCAAGGACAAAGUUCAGAGUGAGGAUGGCAAGAAGCAACAAGCCAAAAUCAUGGACCUUCUCCCUAUUGCUCAUCAGCUGGGCUGCACUGUGGCUCAGCUUGCUAUAGCCUGGUGUCUCCGCAAUGAGGGGGUCAGCUCAGUCUUGCUAGGGGUGUCGAGUGCAGAGCAGCUGAUGGAACACCUGGGCGCCCUACAGGUGCUGAGCCAGCUGACACCACAAACAGUGAUGGAAAUUGACGGACUCUUGGGCAACAAAACGCAUUCCAAGAAGUAGUCCGUUGGGGGCGCAGGAGCCCAAUCCUGAGUCGCUGCUCCAGCCCGAAACCCGCUCCCCCCCCACUUCCCCGCAGCCGCCCCGCCCGCUCCGCUCCUAUCCUUCCCCCCACCCCCACGCAGCGGCCGCGCAGGGGAGCCCCGCCCGCUAACGAGUCCUGGCUUCGAGUAGCGACGCGCAUGAAUAAAGCCAUAUCCUUCCACAGUGGGAGCUUGAGAGAGAAAGUAGUCCUCCCGCCCUCUUCAGCGUCCUUUCUAGGCCUUCUUGCUAAUCCUGGGCAUGAGCUAAGGAGCUGUCCCCUCUCUGCCAUUUGGUCUCGCUCCUUUCUUCUCCUUAGAGCCGAGGCUCGGAAAACACCCAGCAGAUACAAGCAAUAUGCAGAGUACCUCAAAAGUGGCCCUUGAAGUGUCAUCAGGGGUUAAGAAUUUACCGAGUUGUGAAGUCAUCUGGGGCAUAGGAAAUGGAGCUUUAUGUUAGUGGUACAAAAGGAAGCCAGGCUGGUCCUGGCAAGAAAUGUUAAGAAGCCAAAACUCUGCCUCCCAGCCAAGAGGUGGAGGAAGACUUAAAUCUAGCACUAGUGUCAUAUUUUAUGCUUGCAGAGAGGGGGUGAGCCUGGGGAGGACAGAGAUCCGCUACUGACCAAAGGUAGAGAGAAAUAUGAUGUAUAGAAUGGUCUGGCAAAGUCAUAGGAUGACCCUUGGGGGGAAAAAGUUGCACAAAUUAGUCAACCUUUAGGUUACCAGCACAGACAUGGGACUGACGGGCAGAUCUAUGAAGACAGAAUUUUGAGCUUUGAGAUGAACUUCCUACCUGACAGUGGAAGAGUGCAGUUUUCCUCCUGGCAAUAACCAUAAAGCAAUAAUGAUGGCCCCUCUUCUGUAAGA